AUGUCCGGCGAUGGCCAGAGCGGCUCCGCAAGGGUGCACUUCGUGCUGGUCCCGAUGAUGGCGCAGGGUCACACCAUUCCCAUGACCGACAUGGCACGCCUGCUGGCCGAGCACGGCGCGCAGGUCACCUUCAUCACCACGCCAGUGAACGCGUCCAGGUUGGCAAGCUUUGCCGCCCACGUGGAGGAGGCAGGCCUGGCGGUCCGGCUCGUGGAGCUCCAUUUCCCGGCAGCCGAGUUUGGCCUACCGGACGGGUGUGAGAACGUCGACAUGAUCCAAUCCAAGGAUCUGCUGUCGAACUUCUUGGAGGCAUGCACCACGCUUCGGGAGCCGCUCAAGGCACACCUCCAUGAGCAGCAACAGUCGCCUCCGAGCUGCAUCAUAUCUGACACGAUGCAUUGGUGGACCGGUGACGUCGCAAGAGAGCUUGGUAUCCCGAGGCUCGCCUUUAGUGGCUUCUGUGGCUUCUCGUCCCUUGUCAGUUACAUCAUUUUCCGCGACAACUUAUUGAAACACGUCACAGAUGAGAAUGAGCUCAUUACGAUCCCAGGGUUCCCUACACCACUGGAGUUGGCAAAGGCUAAAUGCCCUGGACGCAUUCCCAUUCCAGGCAUGGAGCAAAUUCGUGAGAAGAUCUAUCAAGAGGAGCUGAGAUGCGAUGGCGUGGUCCUCAACAGCUUCAAAGAGCUGGAGACAUUGCAUAUCGAAUCCUUUGAGCAGGUGACAAGGAAGAAAGUAUGGACGGUCGGGCCAAUGUGCCUCUGCCACCAAAACAGCAACACAAUCGCCGCAAGAGGAAACAAGGCGCCGAUAGAUGAGGCAGAGUGCUUGCAGUGGCUUGAUUCAAUGAAGCCAGGCUCGGUGAUCUUUGUCAGCUUUGGCAGCCUCACCUGCACUGCACCUCAGCAACUUAUCGAGCUCGGCCUGGGACUUGAAGCCACCAAGAAACCAUUCAUUUGGGUGAUCAAAGCGGGAGAUAAGUUUCCAGAAGUUGAGGAAUGGCUCUCAGAUGGCUUCGAGGAACGCGUCAAAGAGAGAGGCAUGAUCAUAAGAGGCUGGGCACCACAGGUGAUGAUCCUGUGGCACCAAGCCAUUGGAGGAUUCAUGACACACUGUGGGUGGAACUCAACAAUAGAGAGCAUCUGUGCAGGCGUGCCCAUGAUCACAUGGCCACACUUCGCGGAGCAGUUUUCAAACGAGAAGUUGGUGGUGGAUGUGCUGAACAUUGGGCUGGAGGUUGGAGUGGAAGGAGUUACACGGUGGGGACAUGAACACAAAGAGGCUAUGCUUACAAGAAAUGAUGUGGAGAGAGCAGUGUACGCCCUGAUGGAUGAGGGGAAAGCUCAAGAGCAGUUCCGGGUGAGAGCAAAAGACUGUGCCAUCAAGGCAAGGAGGGCUUUCGAUGAGGAAGGUUCUUCAUAUAACAACAUUAAGCUACUGAUUCAAGAAUUGGGAAACAAGACGAAGGCAUGUGGUUGA